UGUGCGCUGACUGGAGUAGUGGAGCUGUGUGUGCGCUCACUGGAGUAGUGGCGCUGUGUGUGCGCUCACUGGAGUAGUGGCGCUGUGUGUGCGCUGACUGGAGUAGUGGAGCUGUGUGUGCGCUGACUGGAGUAGUGGAGCUGUGUGUGUGCUGACUGGAUUGCCCCAUGGCUGCUCCCAGGCUCCUGUGUCUCCCCCUCCUGUCACUCCUGGCUCUGCUGCUCGCUUACUGGUUUGGCCAUGUGGAUAGGGAUCACCUGCAGGACCGGUUGGAUACAGUGCUGUCAUCUCUGCUGCGGGCUGAGGAGAAAGUUGGCUUGGAUGAGGAGCGACCCCCUCGUAUAGCGAUCGGUUUUGGAGGUUGCCUUGAUAUUAUAGUAGAUGGGGUGGCAUUAAUGCAGGAGGCAGCCAUAAAGCCGAGCUACAACCCAGUCCACCACAACUUUAUUGAGACCGAGACACAACUGGCCGAGAGCUUCAGCUACUUUUUUCCUCCUGGUGCUGCUUCAGAGCGAUUCGUGUCCAAUGACACCUUGUUUAGAAAACUUGUAGAUGCAUCAAAAAGACUUUCAGAAAUGCGCUGGGCUCUUGGUGGGAAUGCUCCAGUUAUGGCCAAUCGCUUAGCUGCUGAAGGAUGUGACGUCCUUCUUGGGGGCCGUCUGAGUGCAGAAGAAAUUAGUGUGUUGUCUGAUCGUAUCACAGUUGCUGGGGAGCCUAUUACAGAUGCUGAUAUUCACCUCAUCCUGGAAUAUCCAGUUGGAGCCAAAUGGGGAAAUCACGUCUCACGUCGUGCGAACAGAUACAUAGUCCACAGUGAUUCACACAAUCCAAUGAUCGAUUCUCUGGAAGAUUUUGAAUCCAAACUGGAAAGUUUUAAACCGGAUCUCCUUGUGAUUGGAGGGUUACAGAUGAUGGACAGUUUUCCCUUUAAACAAGGCCAGCGUGAGGCCAGGCUUAAAGCUCUUCAAGAAAUGUUAAUGUCCAUGGAUGAGAAGAUAGGUAGCCACUUUGAGAUGGCCUCUUUUGUAGAACAUGGUCUUAUGAAGGAUUUGCUGGAGUAUGUCAUUCCUUAUUCGGAUUCCCUGGGUAUGAAUGAACAGGAGCUGCCCAAUUUGCUGAGUCUUAUUAAGGGUGGAAACAUUACAGUGUUAUCAGACCCUUACCCUCGUGUUGCCUCUAUCCUGGACCAAAUGCGUGAGCUGUAUCGGCUACUCAGAUCUCAAGAACCUAAAAGGGGUCAGAGACAACUGACACGACUACAUGUCCACACUUUAGCUUUUCAAGCCAUGAUGGUGACCAAAGGAUCUAUGUGGAAGAACACAAUGUCUGCUACAGCAAAGGCGUCUCUGACAGCCAACAGGCACGUGUGUGGAUCUUCCCGGAUUGACACACGCAAGGCUAAACUUAUCAUGGAUGACUCUUUCUCUGUCAGCCGUGAAGUGGGCAGUCAGAGAAUACCUUUCAAAGAAAGUCGCCCUGUGUCUUGUUGGGAAGAGGAGACGUACGAGAUAUGUCUAGCACCUGUUUUGGUCUGUACUGAAGUGUUUCAGACUGCAGGUGGAGGAGACAAUAUCUCUGCUGCAGGACUUGUUCUUCAAAUUUAAAGCUACAGUCAAUACACAAUGACUAACAUUCCGGAACUGGAUAAUUGAAAUGUUGUGAAUAAGGAUACUUUGACAGAAACUGACACCAUCUGAGCCAUAUUUUUAUUUUCUUUAGAGAACUCUGUGGAGGUUACCCUGCUAAAUAAGAGGUACAGGUUUGACCCUUUCUGACUGUAUCUCAGGAUUAGCUCAUUCCUGCAGGGAAUAUACUACUAUGGUAAAAAAUUAAGAUUGCAUAAACAUUGGUAUGCGUAUAUACUGCGUGUACGAGUAUAAUAUAAAUUCAGAGUUUUUCUUGAAAUGCAGAGGAUCUGGGAUUAAAAACAUGAGUUCCUUAGGAAGAAGACACCAAUGUGAACAGUCUUACAUGUUUUAUGUAUGUACGUUGCUAUGUUGCUUCCUGAUUUUUUGUAUUUGUUUCUCUAUUCCUUUAACUGAAAACUAGGAUAUUUUGUGUAUGUUGUUGCAUUUCUUACCAUUUCCAUUUGGAAUAUUUCCAAUGUAUUCUGGACCAUUUUAUCAUUUAUUCUUCUUAUUUCUUUUUUAAGGACCAAAGUCUUAGUUUCAUUAGACAUUGUUUAGAAGCAAAUUUUGAUCAAAACUGAAAGUUGAGUUUUGGGUGGAGUUGGGUAAUGUACAAAUAUGUAUCUGU